GCAUCUCUGCAGAAGAGGCGGCUAUAGCCUAAGCCAGUGCGCCCCUCCGAAGAUGGGCGAAGGAAAAGGCAGCAGGGAAGAGUCCGAACUCGUCCCGGGGCUCCUGCGCCACUGGCUGAUUGGACGGGUGCUGGUUGCUGGGCUGGCUCUCGGCUGCUACGCCAACAGUUGCUGGGGAGACUUCGUGUUUGACGACAGCGAAGCAGUUAUCAAUAACCAAGACGUGGACCCAGGAGCUACCUCCCUGGCCGACGUCUUCUCCCACGACUUCUGGGGAACCAAUAUAUCAUCCAGAACGAGUCACAAGUCGUACAGACCGCUCACCGUCCUCUCGUUUCGUCUCAGUUUCUGGCUAGGCGGAGGGCGGAACCCUUUCCAUUUCCACUUGGCCAACGUUUUACUGCACCCGCUUGUGUGCCUCCUGCUACUAGAGGUCCUCAAUAACUGGUUCUGCCAGCUAAAAACCAGUUCCAAGCCUGUUUCUCGGGUGGAUUGGCGAGCUCCCAUAUGCAGCAGUGAGGCACUGGUGGCCACACUUCUGUUUGCAGUCCACCCGAUACACACAGAGAGUGUGUCAGGAGUGGUAGGGAGAGCAGAACUGGCAUCUGCACUUUUCUUCUUUUCCUCUAUUCUCGCCUAUCCAUCCCCUACCUCCCAGGGGGGAAGAGCAGUGGAAAUUCUGAGGCUAUUGCUGACACUAGUACUGGCUGGUUCUGCGAUGCUCUUCAAGGAACAAGGGAUCACAGCACUGGGUGUUUGCACUGUGAGUGAUGUUCUUUUCCGUGCCAAGAAACUCCAAAAAGAAUCUGGUGGACAGGCCAAGUGCCGAAGCCUGCCAUGGAGCUACUGGCGCCAGUGGUGUGAUGGUGGGAGUGGGAGGAAACUGUGUUUACGGUCAGCAGUCCUGUGUGUGGGAGGGGCUGGACUGGUGUGGGGACGAUUUGCUGUCAUGACAACAGGGGCACCUCAAUUUAAACCAAUUGAUAACCCGGCUUCGUUUUCAGACUCCUGGACUACAAAGAUACUCUCAUACAACUAUCUGUACUCCCUCAACUGGUGGCUACUCUACCAUCCGUGGUGGCUGUGCUUCGACUGGUCAAUGGGCUGCGUCCCUCUCGUCCAGAGCGCGACAGAUCUGAGGGUCGCUGCUGUUGCUGUAUUCUGGGCUGGGUUGGGAGCUCUUGCCUUCCGUGGACUCUCAAGGUUUCACACAGGAGACGGCAGGCUUGUGAUCCUGUCUCUGUCGCUCGUGGUGCUACCAUUUCUCCCGGCCUCCAACCUCUUCUUCACCGUUGGAUUCGUGGUGGCUGAGAGAGUGCUCUAUCUCUCCACUGCUGGCCACUGUUUGCUGGUGGCCAUUGGCGCUGCAUACAUUGGGGCCUUCUCAUCUCUCACGAAAAGGGUCGUGCAGGUUUUUCUGGUGUAUCUUACGGUGUUUCUGGCUCUCAGAUCUGUACACCGCAGCUCACAGUGGUUGAAUGAGGAGUCACUCUUUAUCUCUGGUCUUCACGUCUGCCCUCUCAAUGCCAAGGUGCACUACAAUGUAGGAAAAGUCUUAACAGACGCUGGCCUGGAUGAACAAGGCGAAGUUGUUUAUAAGGAAGCCAUCAGAUUAUAUCCAGAGUACGACCAAGCUUUGAACAACCUAGGAAAUCUCGUAAAGGAGUCUAACAGACUAACUGAGGCAGAAAUGUACCUCGAGAGAGCCCUAAAGCACAACAACGAGUUUCCAGCCGCGUGGAUGAAUCUCGGGAUAGUCCAAGCCGCUUUGAACAAGACACAAGCAGCAGAAGAGAGCUACAGGAAGGCCAUUUCCCAUCGUAGGAAGUACCCUGAUGCAUACUACAAUAUGGGGAACCUGUACAUAGACAUGGAACUAGCGAGUGAGGCUAUCUCAGCCUUCAGUAAGGCCAUCAGUCUGGAUCACUACCACGUCAAUGCAUGGACAAACCUCGGACUUCUCUACCAAGACCUCAACAUGUACAAGGAGGCAGAGACGGUAACGAGAGAAGCCAUGAGCAUUAUGCCUCACAAACCUUGCUUUUACUUCUCCCUCGGUGUCCUACUUGGGAGGCUACAGAGAUUGGAGGAAGGUGAAGAAUACUUGGUCAAGGCUGUAGAAAUGAGACCACACAUUGCUAAGUACCACGUCAACCUAGGUGUCAUAUAUCACCUGCAGAAGAGGUAUAAACAAGCUGAAAGUUGCUACCUUACUGCACUCCAAUUAGAGCCCGGCAUGCCCUCGGCAGAGGAUAACCUGCGGAAACUCCACUCGACUCUUUCAAAACUCUCAAAGGAGCCUUAGGUUCCAUUAUUUUUUAGACACAUCCAACCUCAGCAGUAUUAUGAAAUUAUUCC